UUAAUAUUGAGGUUUGACUCUCACUGUUCAUGGGAAGCCAACGAGGAAAACAUGAAAGGAAAAUGUGAAAUUUGUUGCAGUGCGGAUUCCAGAUACAGAUGUCCAUCCUGUAAAAUUCUUUAUUGUUCCCUUGGAUGCUACAAAAAUCACAAAGCCACACAGUGUGGAAAUAAUCACAAUGAACCUGAAGAUAAUAACGAAGAGACAACUUCAAAUGAAAGUGCUAUAGCAGAAAGAUUGGUAAAUACAUCAAAAUCAAAGAAAGAUUUGGUGCAAGAUGACAAUGAAGACAUGGUACCUCCCGAAAAGCUUUUACUUUUAGGUAACUCGAAAGAGCUACUAGAUGAACUUCGAAAUGAACAUUUACGCAAUAUGCUGUUAUCCAUUGAUGCUUCAGCAAAUCCUGGACAGCAACUGGAACAAGCAAUGCAAAUCCCAUUGUUUGCAGAAUUUGCAGAUGUUUGCUUGAAAGCCUUAAAAGGAAACAAUGAACUGUAAAUGUUUCAACAUUUUCAAUGGCCAGAUAGCAUUUUGUAACUUGGAUGUUUAUCCUAGUGCUAACAGCUUGGCUACUAUGACCAUCCGGCUGGGUAGCUGCCACUUCAAAUCAUGAAAGUUGAUGAGAUAAUUCCUGCAGACAAAGCUUAACACUUGUCUGGCAGGUUUCAUAUUCUUUUAAAAGUAAUAUUCUAAUGAAUUCAAAAUUAAGCAUUUAUUGGCAUAAUGAACUCUUCUUAGUAUAUUUUUUAAGACUUUUGUAAAAACCUUAAAUGUCAUUUGAGUUUUUCUUAUGAUCACAAUAUUUGAAAGAAUAAUUUAAGCUGUUGGAAGCAUUUAUUUUUGUGGUGAUUCGACUUGUAGUUAAACAUGGAUGGUCCCUACUCCAUUUGUUGUGUUCAGUCAAUCAUAAAAUUGUAUAUUAAUAUAA